AAUGCACCAAAUCAACUCCCCACUUAUUAAAGUCUCAUUCUUCGAGCCAAGUCAGUUAAUACAGUCACACAAUACCCACGUACACCCCAACGCCCUUCUCUGAUAUAUGUUAUGCUCGGCUUCAAACAUUUUCACGAGAUUCUUGAAGAUAAUGUACUUUAAUUUGUGUUGCUUUUAUUUUAUUAUAAGAUGAUUUGGUUGAAUUUCACGCUAAAUGUAGAUCAUUUUAAUUUCUAACACUUCACAUGUUUCUGGAUCUGAUAUUUUUUAUACCCAGAUUAUAUUAAAAACAAAAAGUUAAGACUGUAGUGACUAGUGAUUGUAUGGAAAUUCAAGUGUUGGGAAGAAUUUGUGAAAUAUUGAAGCCCUAAAUCGUCCAAACGUUUGCUGUACAAUUUGAGUGAAGCUGAGAGUAAAUGAAGAGGAGAUCGAUUUCGCAGAAAAAUCAUCAGAGAUGGAAGAUGAAACUUUUUGCUGUGUUUUUGCUUGUAUUUUGUUUCGCGACUUUAGUAUUAAUGGAAUCGCUUUACAUAAGGAUCAAAUUUUUGGCGUUAAUUUCCCCGCCUUUGGUUCAGAAGCCGAAAAUGGCGUUUCUAUUUAUAGCACGAAAUCGACUUCCACUUGAGAUGGUUUGGGAUGCAUUCUUCCAGGGUGAUAAAGAGAAUAGGUUCUCAAUAUUUGUUCACUCAAGACCUGGUUUUCUGCUCAGCAAGGCAACAACAAGAUCAAGUUACUUUUUGAAUCGCCAGAUUAAUGAUAGUGUGCAGGUAGACUGGGGAGAAGCAAGCAUGAUCCAGGCAGAACGCAUUUUGCUUGAAAAUGCAUUGAUGGAUCCAUUUAAUGAGCGGUUUAUUUUUCUUUCAGACAGCUGCAUACCUUUAUACAACUUCAGCUACACAUAUGAUUACAUAAUGUCUGCCUCAACUAGUUUUGUGGACAGUUUUGCUGACACGAAAGAAGGGCGUUACAAUCCAAAAAUGCAUCCAGUGAUUCCUGUCGAGAACUGGAGGAAAGGAUCUCAAUGGGUUGUUCUGAUGAGAAAUCAUGCUGAUAUUUUUGUGAAAGAUGACACUGUAUUCGCAAUGUUUCAGUCCCAUUGCCAGAGGAAGUCUCUACCUGAAUUUUGGCGAGAUCGACACAUUCCUUCUGAUAAUUCUAAGGAGCAUAACUGUAUACCGGAUGAACAUUACGUUCAAACCUUGCUUGCGCAAAAAGGUCUUGAACUGGAAAUUACAAGGAGGACGUUGACUCAUACCUCUUGGGACCUUUCCUCUUCCAGAGAACAUGAAAGGCGAGGAUGGCAUCCUUUAACUUACAAGUUAGCUGAUGCUACUCUCACACUUGUAAAAUCCAUUAAGGGUAUAGACAAUGUUUAUUACGAGACCGAAUACAGAAGAGAAUGGUGCACUAGUAAGGGGAAACCCUCCACAUGCUUCCUUUUUGCAAGGAAAUUCACAAGGCCUGCUGGUCUACGACUUCUUAGUACGUCUGCUUUGGGAGUCCCCGUUGAAGCAACAAGCUAAAGGUGACAUAUAUCAGUCAGUUAAUAGCCAUUGUAAGUUCAUUUUCAGGUAGAAGGCAAUUUAGGAUUAACCAACCUUUCAUGUAUAAAUGAGAGUUGUAAAGAUGGGGGAAGAAUUUGUUAAUGUAGAGUGAUGUAUAUCAUAGUAUCGCUGUUGUACCACGUAAUAAAGGCGAUUGUAUUGAUAUAUUGUACUCCAUUAGUUGGGAAAUGAAAUUCCACGUCCUUCAGAAGUCA